AUGGACGGGGGCGUGGCUGCGAGCAACUCCUGGAGCGGAUUCAGACUGACCUCCGUGGGUAUGAGAGUCGGAAACGGCGUCGACAAUUCGGAGUUGGCCUUUCGUGAAAAAUCCGGUAAAAGUUUACACAGAUACGAAAAAAAGAAGUGGGGCUCACCAGGGAAUCGUCCGACUGGUCAAUAGAGUUACUUUCGAGGUUUUCCUCUUUGUUGGUCUCGUCGUUGUUCUCGAGGAUUUCCAGCCGUUCGUCAGUUCCAGAUGGAAAAUAGUUAUUGAGAUUAUCUAGAAGCCUGUUUUUCAGCAGAGCUUUAGAUCCAAUGCGGUAGAAAGGAUCAUCGCGAAGUCUAGGAAAAGUCAAGUUUCUAGAAGCGGCGGCCAGGCAGAUACAGAAGAGGUGCAGAAGAAUCAUGAGCUGUGAGAAAGGGUCCGAGCUUUUCGCCAAGGAAUCUGUCUGCUGUCCCGCCCCUCCGUCUCACAGCGCUGUCUUAGCGGACAUUCUGGUCAAGUGUCCGUCUUCCUCGCUGUUUUUUUUUUCCAACAAGUGACCCUCCACAAAAAAGAUCCCACGGAAGAAAAAAAAGGAAAUUUCUGCAAGGCUUCCCGAUGUUUGAUGAAUACUAGAGUUUUGAGAGAAUUGGUAUUUCAAAAAUCUGCAGGGCUUCUUCAAACGGCGAAGACAAGCUUUUGAAAUUUUUCAGAGUUGCAUGGGAUGUCUUUCAGCCAUUAUAUUUGCUUUUUCCUUGUUUUAUUAGCGGCCGUUGUUUUCUCAAGCCAAAAAAUAUUGCAAGUUGGACUGAUCGCUGCUAGUGACAACAACCCCGACCUGUCCUCGGUAAGUGGCAGAACUGACACGGGCAGAUCUAUUGGAGAUACAGAUGAUCGGCUGGAGUCGGACUGCCGCUGCAGUCGGCGUGGCUUGGGAUUACAUUGUUUCCAAGAAAAUACUACCCGCAUACGACACGAUGAAGUUGUCUAUGAAUAUUUGCUUUGAAAAUAAAAAAUUCAGUUUGACAUGGCAAAUUAGCGACUGUGAUGAAUCUACCGCUGCAGACAUAGUCCUCCAAUAUGCUUUGGCGAAUGCGCACGUCGUUUUAGGUCCGCCAUGUGGUCGAGGUUAGUUUCCUAAGUUGAUCGGUCAUGUUGCCUUUUUAGCCGCACUCGUGGCGGGAACUGUAGCCAAGCAUUUGGACUUCCCCAUCAUUCUCUGGGGUCCUCCGUCGACAUCAAGCUUGCUAGAUCAGUUUGAAUACCCCACCGUCGUGUCGACUUCUUCCAGCACACUCUCGUAGAAUAAUUCUUGGAUUUUCAAAAGAUCAAGCUGUUUUAGACAAGCUCAGUCUUUGAUUCGGCUUUUAGAACUUUACAAUUGGCAGGAUAUUGCCAUCAUUUCUUACAUAACGAGGAGUUCGUUGAUUCCGCGUUGUUCUUCGGUUUUUGCCGACUUCGAAAACUUAAUAAGCUCCAACCCCAACAUAACGAUUGUCUACCGUCGCCAGAUCACCUCAAUUUCCAACACGACUUUGACAAGUACGCUUGACGCAAUCCAACAAGUUGCGAGAAGUUGAGACAGUUUCUCAAAACUUGUUUCGAAAUCUUAUUUGAAGUCGUCGUGGUCUGUAUGGAGGACAAACUUGCAAGAAGAAACUUGAUGAUUUCGGUAGCUGAACAAGGACUCGACACCAAUGAAUAUGUGUGGCUUCUUGUGGAGGGUCGCAGAGCGGGCUUUGGUGGGUUUGCGAGUGGAAAUGCUGACGAAAAAGGUUGAAUUAGGACUAAAUAAAAAGAAAUAAGAAAACAAAAUUCUCUUUGAGAGUAACAGUUUAUAGUUCUGGGAAGUUCGCUCAAUGGACUGAAAAAAAAACCAUAAUAUAAACUAAAACAGUUGUGGAAGAUAAUGACGAAGUGAAACCCAAUAUAAAACGGCUUUCAAAAUACUUUCGGCGAAGAAAUCAGCUUCAUACCAAAAAAAAAGAAAAAAACUCUGGUAUUCAUGUUCCUAUUUAGAGAAAAAUAAUUUCUUCGAAUUGCGUUUAUUUUUAUUUUUAUAAAGUUUAUCAGCAUCCUCGCUCACUUUUCGAACCCGUUCCAAGCACUUUUUGAGCCUUGAAUAAACAUUUCCAAUUGAAAUUGUAUAUCCCCAAUUGAAAUUGUAUAUCCUCUCUGCCUUCAAAAAGUAUCAUUUUAAAGAAAAAAAAAUCUAGCUUUUUGAGUUCCAGAUCCAACUUAUUAUGAAGGAGCUGAGGGAGAAGACGACGGGAAGGACGAGUUAGCAUUGCGAGCAGCGCGGCGAUUCAUGAUUGUUCGUGGGCAAAAAGAUAUUUAUUUUCCCCAUAAAUCUCAUUCAGAUGGACUACGAUCAGUAUAACAACAGUGCUUGGUUUGCGGACAAGGUGGCUUCUCGCUUCAACACGUCGCCAUUCAACUGCCCUCUCUGUACCAACAUCAGCCCCGUACCUUUUGCUCUCGUUUCCGCUUAUCCGCAGCCUUCUUGAGAACGACUCGAUGGUCGGACAGCUUGCCGACGCCAUGCUUCUUUAUGCCUAUUCUCUGAACAAGUCCAUCACAGCAGGCAUAGAACAGCCCUCCGGUACGACCAUCUCUGAUUUGUCUCGAGGUACUUUCAAUGGUUGGUUUUCGUUAUUCUGUUCUUUUAGUAAUAUAUUUUGAGGAUAUUCCGGGGCCGUGAUCAUAAAUGAGAACGCCACUAGGAAUCCAAUAUUUAUAGUCUACAUAUUGGAUUCCACAAAUCUCCCUAUCCCGAUUAUAUCUAUUACUGAGAAUCUCGAUAACUAUUCGGACCCUGUGAGCUGAACAAACCUGAUGGAAUACAUUUAAAGAUGAUAUUCGGAUUAGGUAAAAUUGUUGGUGGAGGAAAGUGUUAUAUGGGCAUCUCGAGGCGGCUUUCGACCACUUAGUGUUCCUGUCUGCGGAUUUUCUGGGUAGAAACGAUGAUCAAAUCGUAACUUUCGGAAUUAUCUCAGAGACGACUGUCCGAAAAGCUUCAUCGAACAAUAUUUGCCAAUUACUUUGGCUUCCUCAGGAGGCGCUCUCGUCCUCAUCAUAGGAAUAGUAAUUUCCACUUUUAUUCUUAUCAGGUUCUCAUGCGAAAAAUAAUAGUUCAACACUUUUUUUUUAGAACCAAGCGACAGGAAGAAGAGCGCUUGAACAUGUUGUGGCAGGUUCCCUUCGAAUUGCUCACGAAGCCGUUGCUCAAGGUUUUGCCUUAUCAAAACUCAACCAUUAUAGCGAUUUCAAAUUUCUCAGGGACCAAUUCAAAGUUCCCGUUCGUUUUCCAGUUCCGUAACGACCAGCACAAAGCUGACAAUAAACUCCAAAAAGGUGAGGCCAAUUGAACUGUGAAUAUACCUGGCUGCUCCUCAGGAAACAGAACGUCACGCUUUUUAUUUCUUCGGAAUGGAGUCUGUCGUAGCUCGGAAACAUCCUUCUCGGGUCGCCUUUUCGAAAAACGACUAUUCUAUGUUGCGUAGAGUAUUAUAUUUCAAGCUUUGAAAGAGGACUUUUGAAACUUUUUGAUAGAUGCGAGACAUCGAUCACGACAAUCUGUGCAAGUUUAUCGGUCUCGUUUUGGAUGGCCCUAUGCUGAUGUCCGUUUGGCGCUAUUGCUUGCGAGGAUCUCUGAAGGUAUCUUCUCAUUUUGAAUUUUCAUCCAAUUGCAUGAAUGCGUCUCCGCACAAAGUUUUAAAUCACAUAUUCAGGACGUGAUCAGUAAAGGAGGGCUCCAAAUGGACUGGUUUUUCAAGUAUUCGCUGAUUAGAGACGUCUGCGAGGUACUGAGCCCCUAAGAAAUUUAGUUUUGGCUCAAUUUCCAGGCUGUUCAUUACUUGCACCACUCUUCUCUGGGAGCACAUGGCUGGCUCAGUUCUAGCACUUGCCUUGUCGACGAGCGUUGGCAGGUUCUCAACGGGAGAAUACUCAAUGAAGCUCAUUUUUGCAGGUUAAAAUCUCUUUCUUUGGUCUGAUCUCUAUCAAACGUUUCGAGUCGAGAGAGCCUCAGGGUAAGACUGAAAGAGUAGAAGUUCUUGCGGAAAAAGAAGUUUUUGCAGACCUCCUGCAUUUUGCGCCAGAGCACAUGCGGGAUCCGACGCUUUUACCGUCCAAAGAAGGCGAUAUUUACAGGUUACCCGAAAGUUUUUGUUCACGGAGUGUAAGAGGCUGUCACUUUCGAAAUUCAAUUUUUCCUUUUAUUAUUCGAAGAAGCGAUUAUCUGUCCAAAAAAUCUUCUGAAAGAUGUUUUAUCAUCGUGACCGGUUUUGACCUUGUAGAAUAAAGUUAAAGGUAAGACCAGAAUUUGACGCAUAAAAAGUGCAAUUUACACUUUAGGGCUUCUGAUUUAUUUUUGCAGAAAUCAAAUCCCAUUGCCAGAUUUCAUCAACUUUUGUUAAUCAGUCAAAUUUAGUUUCGCCAUAAUUUGCUCUGAAAUAAUAACUAGAAAAUCUGCAUGGAACUUGGAGAACGAAGCCUACGACGUAGACGGUUUAGUCAAAAGAUUCAAUCUUGUAGAACGUUAAUCUUGCAGAACUGUUGUAUCGAAUCAAAAAAGGAGGUCGAAACCCUAUCCGUCCUUCUUUGGACACCGAAGACGAACACAACUCUUCCAUGUCGCUUCUUGUUCGGUGCCUUCUUUUUCACUUGAAAGGAUCAUGCUGGAGGGACUGUUCAGGGAUUGCUGGAGCGAAGAGCCGGACAUCCGUCCGAACUGCGAUCAAAUACGAUCUUUGAUAAAAAGCUUGAAUCACAACAGGUGAGUUUUGUGUUACUUUUAUUCUCAGUUUUGGUCAACUACUCAUUCCAGAUCUGCAAACCUGAUGGACCAUGUUUUCAAUGUGCUGGAACAAUACGCAUCAAACUUAGAAGAUGAGGUUUGAGACUCACAAAAGGUCUAUGGACUAGGUUUUUCCAGGUUCAUGCAAGGAUGAAAGAGCUGACAGAAGAGAAAAAGAGAAGCGAUGUGCUGCUCUAUCGGAUGCUCCCUCGGUAAGAAAAAAUAAAAAAAAGUUUGAAUGUCAAGCAGCACUCCGAGGUACCUCUUAAACGGAAGCAGGUAUCAGUAAACCGAGAUGAAGCUUGUCGAAAACUUACAUACCGGAGAUUCUUUUUGUAAUUGAAUAUGUAAUACGAACUCAGCUUUUCAAAUAAUUGUCGAAAUUUCGGCGGAUUGAUUUAGUAAAACACAAUUUUUUUGCUAGAGAAGGAUAAAUAUCUUAAAGUUUUGGUGUAUCAAUUGAGACAAGUAGCUGAAAAGCUAAAAAUGGGCGUCUCGGUGGAGCCGGAGACGUUCGACUGUGUGACGAUCUUCUUCUCGGACGUCGUCUCCUUCACGACUCUUGCCAGCCGAUGCACACCUCUGCAGGUCGUCACACUGCUAAAUGACCUGUACACUACAUUUGACGCCACCAUCGACAAGCACGACGUCUACAAAGUCCUGUGGAAAUCACUCAAAAAAGGCAUCUUCUGUCCUUCAGGUGGAGACGAUCGGCGACGGCUACCUGUGCGUGUCUGGGCUGCCGCAUCGCAACGGCAACGAACAUGCGAAGGAAGUCGCCGAGAUGUCGUUCGCUCUUCUGAAGGCCAUCCAGACGUUCCGCAUCCCUCACCUGCCCAAGGAACGAAUCAGCAUCCGCAUCGGCCUGCACACCGGUCCUGUUGUCACUGGAGUGGUUGGAAUGACUAUGCCGAGGUGAGCCUCGAUAGAUGGAACAUUGAGAAAAAUCCGUUCAAGGUACUGUCUUUUCGGAGAUUCUGUGAAUACGGCGAGCAGGAUGGAAAGCAAUGGAAAACGUAAUGUUUCUCAUAUUGUUAACCUUCGAUAAAACUCUGCAAGUUUUUCUGCAGCUGGGAAAAUACAUAUUUCAACGGAAACUAUGAUUUUUCUGACGGAAGUGAUUGGCGGGUAUCGAACAGAACCUCGUGGAGAGAUAAUCGUAAAGGUGAAAAUCGUUUCCUUUCUCAAAUAAUAUUUCUUUCAGGGAAAAGGAACGGUGGCCACCUACUGGUUGCUCGCGGACAACGAAAUCGAAGAGCUCGCCGAUGUUUGA